AUGACCAAUAACAUACUGCCACGCGGCCAUCUUGAGCGAAUUUGGGCGCCUCUACCUCACCUACGCAACGAAGAGAAGUGCCGCACGUUGAAACCCGACGGUUCACAGUUCAGACUCCACAGAGAUCAACUCCUGGAUUGGGAGAACUUCACCCAAGAGAUAAAGGUUCUGUCUAAUCCCUACUGUGGGAAUCAUUAUCCCUUUAUGCCCGCUGUACCAAACGAGACCUUUGGUGUAGCAAAUGAUCUAGAGGUGCAGGGUCAUUUCGUCCAAAGCGCCCUACACCCCGUGGGUGAAGCCUUGAAUUACCUGAAUUUGGGUAUGUUCUUUGGUGACUCACAGUGGGGGGUUAACCACCGGAAGGGUGACAAGAAAAAGAAGCACGAUCGUGACGAGAGCGAAGAUGAGGUGGUCAAGAAAGGGGGAAAGAAGGGAACUCUGGUUUCAGACAUCGUCAUCGUUGAGGACGAGCGUCACACGAUCCGAGCCUUGUGCGAGGUAAAGACGCACUGGGCGUUUGAGCCAGGAAAGGAAGAAACUUGGAAGAGUUUCAUAGCUCGAAAGUCUGGUGAGUCUUCCUCAUUUUUAACUGGGUUAUCCAAGUCAGUAUUCUGA